AUGCCGUCAAUACAUACGGAGCAGUACCUACGUAGCCACGAGUACUUCGAUGCUGGCCUUAAAAGACUUGGUUUCGUUAUGGGUCAUGCUAGCAUCGUUGGUGCACAGUGUUUCUUCUUGGCUGCUGUGUACUACGUGACGACAUUCAAUCCGCUCGCCUCAUGGAGAUGUUUAAACAAUGCGAGUGUCAAGUGCAAAGACGUAUUGGCCAAGACCUUUGGCGGACCAGCCGUGACACAGGCCGCUUUUGGGAGGACGAAGAAGAAGCCAGAUAAUGCACAUCGUAAACUCUUCUGGAGUUGUCUCAAGACUGAAAGAGAAGUUGCCUCUGAAUUGGGGCUUGAGAUUGCCAACGCUCAGCUUAUCCAGUAUGAGAACAUGCCAUCGCUUCUCCCGGACUUAGAACCUUCGUGGUCAUCCCCUUCCGGCAUAGGUGCCAGUUCUGAUUCAUCAGCCGCACAGCAUGAGCAGAGUUGGAUGUACUACUUGACCGACAUCUCGCUUCGCAUCGCCACCCCGGGGCCUGGCUCGGUAUUCGUUACUGUGCAUGAGCCGGGUAUGCAGAAGUUCAAGGUUGCACUCACGUAUUGGAGUGCUGAGAGUGCAGAUGCGAGGAUAUAUCUUGAGUGGAUUGGGCGCUUGGAAUCACCACCGCUUGAAACUGGUCAUGAGACUGGUGUUUUGGCCAUGGAUGAUAUUUGA